AUGGUACAUCAGUUGUGGAACCAGAGCGUCUCCAGGCAGAUCACCCACCUCAUCUUCAGCACAGAACUCCAGUUCAUGAUGUGCCUGAGAGACGGUAAUACUUUGUGGGUCUCCAAGCCCUUUCAAUGGUAUUCCUUGGAAAUCCAAAAGAGAAAAGACGUCUUCGUCCAAACUUCCGUUUUCCUAGCUCACGCCCUCCACACUCACUUCCCAGAUGGUCCUGAUGGACCUUAUCGACUACAUUCGGCUCCAAAGCCGCUGAGCAGUCAAUCGACCCAAGGAAUGACGUUUAGAGGUUUCGUGUCGCAACUUCUCCAGACGGCUUUGCCAUCCAUCGCAGGCAGACUGGUCUUUUGCACGACUGGAGUACCAACCCUCCCUUAUAGGCUGACCACCCUCUGGCGACCUAGAUAUACUCUCAAAACUCGCCACAGAACUUUGUUCGUCAUGGAAAAGUCCUCCGAGUCCACCGAAUCCUGUUCCAUUUACAGAGGUAUAUUUGAUGGUCAGAAAGUGUUCAUCAAAAUGGUCAAGGAUGAUGAAGACGCCAUCCAGUCGAUGGUCAGAGAAUUCUCUUUCUAUCAAGCUCUGUCGUCCCUCCAGGGAACGGUCAUUCCAAAAUGUUUGGGACUGUAUCUCUGGGAAGGAACGACCUAUUUACUGGUCACUCGCGAUUGCGGCUCAUCGUUGAACUCUUUCGACGAGUUGAGCACAGUACAGAGUCGUCUGCUUGCUCAAGGUCUCCGAAAAAUUCACGCCCUCGGAGUUUGUCACAAUGACUUGGCCCCGAGGAAUGUGGUGAAGGACGAGAAAGGCAAUUGUACUAUCCUCGAUUUCGGAUUAGGGGAGAGCCAUCGUUGUGACGGAGCUUGCAAUGAAAUAGUUGGAUUCAAAGCCGAACUUUUCUCUUGA